AUGACUGUGUUUACAAAGCCGAGUAUUAUCGCGAAUAAAGCUGAAAGCUCUAAAACACCAUUAGUUGUGGAAACUGUAUGUCCUGAGGCUAAGAUAGCGGUGCCGCCGCCGGCACCGCCGCGUCGGCGUCCAGCGCCUUCACCUCUGCGGCAAACAAUGACAACGUUCUUUCACUUAAUGAACAUAAUAUUGAUGAUUGUGCUGUUUAUUUCUAUGGGUGUGUUGAUAUACCACCGGUUCUCGAGGGCUCAUGCUGCGCAUCGCUAUCAGGGUUACUGUGCCAUCCCCAUCGAUAUCAAGGAGCUGAAUGCGCUUAAGAAUGAGCCAAACUCACGUGUGGUGCCGCUACAUUGGUCCUCCGAGCCAGAUGUACAAAUUAUUAGCACCGCAGACGACACCGCUACUGAGAACUUUGUUAAUAUGCUGCGUGAGGAACUUGAUAUAGAUGGCAUGAUUGAGAAGAUAUCUGUUCUUAACAACGGACAACAAGUCAACUUUAUCCACGACUUCACUACUAACCUAACCAACAUCGUGGACGAGGAGCGCUGCUUCGUGAUGGAGCUGGACCGGGAGCUGGUGAUGAUGCCGGACGCGUUUGUGCUGAGCAUUGAGCGUGGGCACGGGUUCGAUGUGACACGCGUGCGCACCUCGCUGCGCGCCGCGCUGCCCGCCGUGCGCGAGCCGGCCCUGCCGCUGUGCCGCUCGCGCCCCACCUACCGCCUGAGCCGCACCGCGCGCCCCGUUCGCAAGCGUUCAGCCGACGAACCGUCUCACGACUACAUGCAUUUCUCGGGCAAGCACAUCCACGAGAUCGAGAUAGGGAACCUGGGAGAGCUGCUGGAGUACGAAAAGAAAAAGAGCGCCUAA